AUGGAUUCAGGCCUGAUAACGUAACUUUCAUCUGACAGGACUCUUGCUGAUCCAAAUCCUUUACUCAAGAAUGGACGCGGCAAAGUGAAAACAAGACGCCAUGAGUUUCAAGGAAAUUCUCCCAAAAAUGGAUUUUGAUGAGGUUGACAGUCUUCCGCUGACACCAGGACAACUGCGAUUGCUGGAGACUGACAACGAAUACAACUUCUUCCAUACAAAGCGCGGUCGCGCCAUCAUCAUCAACAACAUCAACUACAUGACAGAAACAGGAAACAAGCCAAGGUCGGGCGCUAAACACGACACAAGCAGGCUGUUCAAGAUUUUUAAAGAUCUGUUGGAAUUUGACGUGCAAAUAUGGUAUGAUCUCACAGCUGAGGAAAUGGUCACAAAACUUGAAGAAGCCGCUUCAAACCGUUUCUACGACCACGCCAACGCCGAUUGCUUCGUCUGUAUCAUCCUGUCUCACGGCGGGGAGGAGGAGGACAGACACGGCAUCCCCCACGACAUCCUGCACGGCGUGGACGGCAGCAUAGUCUACACGCGCGUCUUGGUGAAUCUACUCCGAGAGAAGACAUGCCCUCAGCUUAAGGACAAGCCUAAAAUAUUCAUUAUUCAAGCGUGUCGUGGUGACGACUUGGACCAGGGUCAGGAGGUCACUGUCAGGAGACCCAUCACCCCCGGGCAAUAUAUACACCGGAGAGUUACAGUGAGAGGCGAAGACGAUGCCUCUCAACCAUACGAAAGUCGAAUGAGAAGUUUUAGCGAUCAAAGUGAAGACAUAGUUGUCUCCCCUACCCCGCUCUAUAAGGACUUCUUGGUUGUUUAUGCAACUCCACCAGGGUACUCUGCAUGGAGGGGCAGGGACGGGAGUUACUUCAUCCAGUAUCUGAAGCACGUGUUUGAGACCAUGCACCAGGAACAUGUCUCUCUCCUCCGGACACUGACCAGGACGAGCCACGAGAUGGCGAUACACUUCAAGUCCAAGACCACGGACUCCACGGGCGGGAUGAAGCAGAUGCCCUGCAUCAUGUCCAUGUUGACCAAGGAUGUGUGUUUCAGACACAAACCUGUUGGAGUAUUCUCGACUGUGAUCACAUCAACGUCGAUCACAAUGGACGAAGUGGAGAACACGGAGCAGAAAGAGGAGACGACUUCAGACAAUGAAAAUGCUGAUGGGCUCACCACGACAAAGAUAAAGAAGUUCUUCAUGGGGACUGACAAAGGAGGUAAAAACGGGGCUAAAAAUUGCGAUAACCGGAAGUCACCGCCAGGCAUCAUGGAGUCGAAUACGUAUGACUUCCGUCAUCCCCGACGUGGUAUCGCCGUCAUCAUCAACAACAAAAAAUUCGUCAAUCCUCGACAUGGCCGCGACGGCUCAGAAAUCGACGUCAUCAGGCUGACAAAGAUGUUUACCUGCUACGGCUUUGACAUUGUCAUCUACAACGAUCUGACUGUCGAUGAAAUGGUGGCGACACUCAAGAUGGUUGCAUGUUUUCCGGACCAUGAGCGAGCCGACUGCUUUGCAUGCGCCAUUGGUUCCCAUGGCGACGAAGUGACCAUCAAGGAAGGCUCACCAUCAGAAGACGCCAUUAUGGGUAUCGGCGGCGACCUUGUCCUUACGAAGGUGCUGCUGGACAUAUUCUCAGACGCCAAGUGCCCCGGACUUAGAGGGAAGCCCCGGUUAUUCUUUAUACAGGCAUGUCGAGGUGAGCUGUUGGACGAUGGCCAAGAGAUCAUGAUAUCUAAACUGAACCUAACUCCACAAGAUCCUGGGCAGUGUACUAACGACGCCAGAGUGAAAGAGCAUUCAAAGAAGGGAAGUAAUCCCUCUCCGCUCUGUCCCCCCAUCGAUCCUCAUUUCCUUGUGAUGUACGCCUCGCCUCCAGGUUUCGCGGCCUGGCGGCGCACAGACGGUUCCUGGUUUACAAGAUGCCUCUCGGACACGUUUCUCAGCACCAACGCUGAGGCCACAUCUCUCACAAGAGUCCUCACGAGGGUAUGCGGAGCUAUGACGCAGCUCCAGUCGAAGGAUGGAAAGAAACAAGUGCCGUGUAUAAUUACUAAGCUCACAAAAGACGUGUACUUCACUCCCAAACGUUACAGCUGAGGAGGGGUGUUUCCACUGCUCUGUACCGGUUACAUCAUUCCGACUUUCUCAUUGGUGUCACAUUAAGUGCAAUAUGUCUGUGUUACGUUUAUUUUCUAUAUACUUUGAUUUAUUUACAAGUAAACUUACAUAAUGCCUUGCUGA